UUCCAUAGAAUCCAACGCUACCUAGAAAAAAGGAAUAAAAUAAUUCCAAUCCUUUUUUCCAAACAAAAAAAAACCCAACCCAAUCCCCACCGACUACACGAAAUCAAACUCCCCUUCAAACUCUGCAAAUUCCCCAAAAAACAACAAAAGAACCCCAAAUUCCUCCUCCAUCCGAAACGAUGAUGCACAUGACCUUUUACUGGGGCCGAAGCGUCACCAUCCUCUUCGAUUCAUGGCAGACCAAUUCCUGGCCGGGCUACUUCCUCUCUCUCCUCGCCCUCUUCCUCUUCGGCGCCUUCUACCAGUACAUGGAGGAGCGCCGCCUCCGAUUGAAGCUCCUCUCCGUUGCCAAACCCCCUCCAUCCUCCGCCGCCGAGACUCCUCUCCUGAACAAGCUCAGCGGCCGCCGCUUUGGGCCCUACCAGCUCGCCGGAUCGGUCCUAUUCGGAGUCAAUUCUGCGAUCGGGUACUUCCUGAUGCUGGCGGUGAUGUCGUUCAACGCCGGCGUGUUCAUCGCGGUGGUGGUCGGGCUCGCCGCGGGAUACCUGGCGUUCCGCGGCGGCGAUGAGGAAGUGGUGGUGGUUGACAAUCCCUGCGCCUGCGCUUGAUUUGGAUUUGGUGGAUUGAGGUGUGUUGGUAUUGGAAUCGAUUGAGAUCGGAUCGUCUUUGAUUGAUUUGGUCUUUUUUGGAUUUCUUUUGUAUUUGGCGAUUUGGGGAUAGGGUUCCGAAAUUGUAUCCUUUUUAAUCUACCUAUGUUUCUUAAUUUGAAAAAAAAAACACUGAAUUUAGUUUGGAUCUGUGUAUUCAUGUAAUUCAUAUAGGGAAAUUAUGUGUAAUUUUUAUGCGUAACUUAUAAGUUUGACAUAGUUUAAUUAUGUGAUUCACAAUAUAA